CCAGCAGAUAGGAUCUCGGGCAGGCGGAGCGGCGAGCUGCCUUGCGCCGAAAGGGCUCAGGCUGGUUGGUCGGGACGCCUGACAAGUCCCGCAGAAAACUUGAGAGGGGCAAAGUCCAGCCUGAGCGCGAGGGGGGAGACGGCGUGGAAGUUAAUGAGUGAGAGCGUGCUGGUAACUCAAUCACAUGUCAUUUUAAAGAAAUGCUCCAAAGAUGGCGGUGGUAAUAACGACGGGAGUUUCAGGUGCCUCCGGAGUGCAAAAAAGUGGAUUUGUGGAGGUUUGGGUGCGGGAGCGGUGGCACAAAGUUUUGGUCAACUUGAACGAGGAAGCGCUCACGUUGAGCUGCGAGGAGAGCAGCGUUAACGACAGCGUGAACGAAAAUGUCAACUCCAACGGCGUUACCAACGGAUCUUACCUUGACAACAAUAACGCCAACUCCAACAACGGCCCCCAAACUGUGCGCAACGCGUUCACGGACCUCCCGGAGCGAGUGCCCGAGGCGAUCGCGAACAGAAAGCGGUGCGUUAAGGUGACCAAGCAGGAGGUCGGGGGACUUGGGAUCAGCAUCAAAGGAGGGAAGGAGAAUAAAAUGCCCAUCCUCAUCAGUAAGAUUUUCAAGGGGCUCGCAGCGGACCAGACACAGGCUCUGUACGUCGGGGACGCCAUCCUGUCCGUGAACGGCGUGAACCUGCGGGACGCGACCCACGACGAGGCUGUGCAGGCACUGAAACGGGCCGGGAAAGAGGUGACACUGGAAGUGAAGUACAUGCGUGAGGCCACACCGUACGUCAAAAAGGGCUCCCCAGUGUCAGAGAUCGGCUGGGAAACACCCCCUCCUGAAUCUCCCCGUCUCGGCAGCCCUCCAAUCACCUCCUCCUCAUCCUCCUCUUCACCUGACCCGCCGAGCUCUCCUACCCAGCCGUCCCUGUCUCUGCAGGGCGACAGGAGGUGCAUACCACUCAAGAUGUGUUGUGUAACCCGAGCCAUGACCAUACCAGACCCCGAGAACAGACAACUGGAGCUGCACUCCCCGGAUGCCAGGCACACUGUGGUGCUGCGGUGCCCAGACCAACCAUCUGCCCUGUCCUGGUUCUCUGCCAUGCACUCUGUCACAUCCUCACUGGCACAGCGGGUGCUGGCAGAGGUCAUCCAGAACACAGCCAGGACGGGGGUAGCUGGCAGCAAAGAGAUACGACACCUGGGAUGGCUGGCAGGGAAGACAGAGAGUGAGAAGCAGUGCUGGAAGCCGGUUCUGGUGGUGGUGACGGAGAAAGACCUACUGCUGUAUGAGAGUCUACCACGAGGCAAGGAGGCCUGGCAGAGCCCUGCACACACAUAUCCACUUUUAGCAACACGUUUGGUCCACUCUGGCCCCGACCGGGGUUCUCCACAUUCUGGCACAGAGCUGUUCUUUGCCACACGGACUGGCACACGACUCGGCAUCGAGACUCACCUGUUCCGGGCUGAGACCACCAAGGAUCUGUCGCUGUGGACCAGACACAUCGUCAAUGGAUGUCACGCCUCAGCUGAGAUGAUCAAAGAAGUCACGACGAGUUGUCUAUACCAGAAUCAGGAGUGCCGGCUGGUGAUCCACUAUGAACAGGGCUUCUCUGUGCUGGCUGACCCCAGACUGGGAGACGGGGAGAGCUGGGAGGAGAGAGGCGCUCAGACACCCACCAGGCCCCGAGUGCUCCUUUCCUACCCCUACGAAAAACUAAAGAUGUCCUCAGACGACGGAGUUCGCAUGCUCUUCCUUGACUUUGGAGGGAAGGAGGGGGAGAUUCAAUUGGACCUCCAUUCGUGCCCGAAGCCAAUCGUCUUCAUCCUCCACUCCUUUCUCUCUGCAAAGAUCUCCCGCCUGGGUCUGGUGGCCUGACCUCUCUGAAAGGACAUUUCAUCUCCUUUGAAAACAGAAAUCCAGCUUGUUUUUACACUUCUCUGCAGCCCGCAUGCAGUAGUACAUCACGUCAAACUCCUUUAGUCGGGGACCCAAGCUGAGUGAAUGUAGCCUCUAUCUGGAAAUUGACCUUUUUGGGUCUUCAAGUUAAAGAAACACUGGAGAAACCAUUUGAGGUUGGAUUUGCUUUGAGUGAAAUGACAGAUUUUGGGGGACGGGUGGUGAUGAACCCUUCCUUUAAGGGCUGCAUGGGCUGAAGUGUUGAUUGAAGAACCACAGAAGUAAAACAGGACUGGGCUAGAAGCAGAGAGAUGACAUUCGGACAGAGGAAGACAGAUUGGGCAUUGCUGUCACAUCUGUGAUUGGAAGGACUGGACACAUGCAGCGUAGAUGAGAAGAAUUCACUUUUAAUUCAAUCAAAAUGUAAUGGCAAACUGCCUUCCAUUUACCAAUUAUAUAAUUUAUUUACCAUUAGCUCUGAAAGGACAUUCUGAAUUUCACUCAGUCAUUUUUCUUCACCAAACACUUGACACACUGUGGAAAAACUUCAUGCAUUUGUCUUUGUUAGCGUCCCCUGAAAUGUCUUGUUAGUGGUGUCAGCAUUCAUCAUUGGAACUCUGCAGGCACAAUCACCCGCACAAUUACCCAAAACAUGACAGCUGACUCAAAUUCAAAAUGUCACAGUAUUCUUUUAACAAGUUGCAUGCUGUGACCGUGCCGUGGUCAAGGUAUUUCAAUGUUUGACUGAUCUGACAGUGAUCUGAAGUCAGUUCUGAUGCUUUCAAAUAUCAAAAAACAUUCAGUCACGAUGAAUUACAAUAUACUCAAGCAUUCAGAUUUCAUUAAUCACUCGUUUAAAUUCCUGGUGCUGUUAGUCAUUCAAAACCAGAAAAAAACAAUAUCCAACUCAUGAACAACCCGAGCUUAAUAGCUUGCAGCUGUGGCAAUUUGAGGAUCCAGGUGGCAUUUACUGUUGUGUUUCUGAUACAUACAACUUUAGUGUCCACAGAAAUACUUGUAUUACAUAUGUACUGAAGUUUAUGAUAAGGAUAAAGAUGCAUAUGAUUAAUUUAUCCCUGAGAGUACCAUAACCAAAUAAUGAAGUAAUAUUCCGAAUACUAAACACAUUUUGAGCAGAUACAUAAAGCUACAGCCAGUAGCCGCUUAGCUUAGCUUAAUGACCAACAACACAGGGAAACAGCCAGCUGGUUAAAGAGAAACUUUUUCUAACCAUGACCCUAUUUUCUGAUGUUUUUGUGUCAAAGUGAGUAAUGGAGAGAGAAGUUUUUGAAAUUGGUUGAGUGUUGAGAGAGACCGCUGCACUGUAAUCCCUAUGGGCAAUUUUAUACCAUGUCCAUUAAAAGUUCUUGUUUUUGCCAGGCUCAGGUUGUUAUUUGAAGUGUCUGACAACAUUAUGGAAAAGACCCUACCGAGAAAUGUAAUGUUUUUCCUUACAUUUCACUGAUCUGGUCUGUUUGUUAGUGUGUGUAACCAAGUCUUGCUCAAGGAGAAGUCUCAUUCUGAAAUCUCACAGACUUUUUCACAUCGUCCAGAUCAGUGAAAUAUGAUGAAUUCUUCCUGGCAGUCCUCUCUUGCUAACGUAUCCACCGUUGCUUUUCCUGCAAGAAGUCACCUCUCCUGAGAUUUCAGAAUGAGACCUCUCCUCGAGCAAGACUUGGUCACAAUAACAAACAGACCAGUGAAAGGUAAAGGGCAAAGGUAAAAAAAUAUUGAAGUUCGCCUUUCAUUGAGGAGUUUCAGAAAUGCUAGUGGGAAGAUUUUGUUACUUGUGGACAGGUUGGCUGUUUCCCAUGUUGGGCUAAGCUAACUAGCCUCGGACUAUAGCCCCAUAUUUUUAACAGAUAGACAUGAAAGUGGUAGCAUAUAUAUCUUCUCAUCCAACUCUCAGCAAAACAGUGAAUGAGCGUACUUCCCCAAACUGUUAAACUGUUCUCCAAAGGGUCUGCAGUCUGAUCAGACAUGAUGAUACUGUUCGCUCCCAGUGGAAAAGGAACUGUUCAUGAUUAUAAGCCGGAUUUACUAGCUGAAAUCCUUUGAUACUCUUGUUGGAACUGAUCCUGUUUUCCUGGUUAUCUGACAACAGCAAACUUCUCUCUUGAGUACUUCUAAUAUUCACAUUUCGAAAACUGAAACUCAAUCAAACGGUGCCACAAUCACCUCAUCAAGUAUCAUUUGUCUUUCAUUAAAGCAAGGUAGCCAUGAUUGGAGUCUUCAAUCCUGCUUUAGUCCCGCAGCAGCCAUGGCAGUGCGUGUGUGUCUGUGUGUCUGUGUGUGUUUGAAGGUGCAUUGGUGCAGCCUGUAUAUGGGGACAUUUCACUGGUAUUGGCACUGACCUUAUGAGGACGCCACUGACUUGUGAGGACAUUGCCCAUGUCCUCACAAUUCAAACACUGUAGAAGCACUCGUAAAAAGUCGUAACAAGCGCCCUCACGCUUUUUCUUGGUAUGUCCCCAUAUGUGUGUGUGUACUGCACUGUCUCUGCCAUGGCUGGCUGCCAGGUCUUUCCUCGUGCCUUCAGAUGACUGAGAAGAAGACAUCUGAAUUUUGAAUGCGACAAUGUGACUCCUAUUAUGGCUACUUUACUUUUGCUUAUAAGUGCAGAAACCAGCAGUGAUUUUGUCUUUGCUUUCUUCUUCAUAUCAGUCACACAUUUCCUGUGAUCAUUCACACCAAUGAUUGUAUAUAUAGAUGGACAAAGCAUCUCCACUUCCUCCAAUAUUGCAAAAAUGAAGUAUGGAGUAUGGCUGCUGCUGUCUUGCACUGGUGACAUCAUUGGAGGCAGAGUCUGCCCAGUAGCGAUGUCUGCAAUGUUGAGGUCCCACCCACACACCUUUCUGACCAGUCAAUCAUGACACCACACCCCAUGGCACCCCUAGCAUGAAGAACUAUCUAAAAUGACAGAAACCAUGUUUAGGAAAAAUUAAUUUGACAUAUUUUUAGUUGGGCCCAUCUCCAUCCGCUAACAUGGAAGGGGUGGGGUUUCUGAUCUGUAAUGCAGCCAGCCAACAGGGAGCAAUCGAGGUGUUUUGGCUUCACUUUGGAGGAGCUCGUCCAUCUUUAUAUACAGUCUAUGAUUCACACA